UGAUUAUUGCAUCUAUUCAAAUUGACCACAUGACUAGCAUAAGAGUAUUAGUAACAGGUGCAGCUGGUCAAAUAGCGUAUUCACUAUUGUAUUCAAUUGCUAAAGGGGAUGUUUUUGGAUCGAAUCAAACCCUCGAUUUAGUAAUGCUUGAUAUUAAACCUAUGAUGAGUGUCCUGAAUGGAGUUUUAAUGGAAUUACAAGAUUGUGCUUUUCCUAAUAUUAAAGAGUUGAUAGCUACUGAUUUGGAAGAAGCAGCAUUUAAAGAUAUUGAUGUAGCCUUUCUUGUAGGAUCUAUGCCAAGAAAAGAAGGGAUGGAAAGAAAAGAAUUGUUAAAAAUAAAUGGCAAAAUUUUUCAAUCACAAGGUGUAGCAUUAGAUAAAUAUGCAAAAAAAAAUGUUAAGAUAUUAGUAGUUGGUAAUCCAGCAAACACUAAUGCUAUGAUAUGUGCAAAGUUUGCUCCUUCAAUACCUAAGGAAAAUUUUACAGCAAUGACACGUCUUGAUCAAAAUAGAGCUACUGCAUUUGUAUCUGGCAAACUUAAUAUCCUGGCUUCUCAAGUUAAAAAUGUUGUAAUUUGGGGAAAUCACUCCUCAACUCAGUACCCUUGUAUUGAUUCGGCAGAAAUAUUAUUAGGUGAAGCCUAUCAACCUGCUAGAGAGGCAUUGAAAGAUCAAUCAAAUUGGAUUGAGAAUGAUUUUAUUAAGUUGGUUCAACAAAGAGGUGCAGCUAUUAUUAGUGCAAGAAAAUUAUCAAGUGCAAUGUCUGCUGCCAAGGCAGCUUGUGAUCACAUGAGAGAUUGGUGGUUUGGAACUAAAAAGGGGGUAAUAGUGUCAAUGGCUGUAUUGUCAGAUGGUGAUCAUUAUUCUAUACCCAAAGGAAUAUGUUACAGUUUCCCUGUGACAAUAGAUGAAAAUAAACAUUGGAAAAUAGUUGAUGGGUUGCCUAUAACAGAAUUUUCUCAUGGUAAAAUGGAUUUGUCUGCUAAAGAGCUUAUGGAAGAAAGAAAUGAUGCUUUGUCUUUUAUUAAAGAUUGAUAACUUUUAAUAAAACUCAAAAUUAAUGAUUGCACUUAUACAUAAAUUAUAUUUUGCUGUGGUUCUGAUAAUUGUGAUUAGGUGUCAAAGAAACAAUCAUUAAAACAUUUUAUUUAAAUAUUUAAUAAAUAUAUUUGAUUAAAAUUAUAUUUAAAAAAAAUAUUUUUCUUUUUUU